UCGAUGAAGACUGAAAACGUGGGGGUUUUUUGCGAUCGAAUCCCAGAGCGAAGAUGAGUCCACGUGCGAUCGACUGAUCAAUACUACACACACAGAUGGAUAUUUGCAUCUAUUUCCUCCAUAUAUCCUGCCACUUUGUAACAUCUUAUAUCGAUACUUGAACAAUCGUUCUCCCGAGUACUGCAGCUUUACGCUUGUCAGCCAAUAAUAUAUUCAGCAUACGAAAGCUUGAAUGCAAUUUGUUUUGACUGCGUGUUAUUGUUUACAUUUUUGCCUAUGGCUCGAAAAUUGUACUCUAUUAUUUAACAGUGAACUGAAAAGGUAUAGUUUAUUUACUCGGAAUUUGUCAGACUUUUGGUGCACUGUGUCAACGUAUGUUAUAUAUGUAUCAUAGCCUGAGAUUAUAGUGCAGCACCUUACUGUACUACCAAAAAAUUGUCUGUAUACUCCUCUCUCAUUACUGGUCAAUGGAGUGAAACUAUCGUAUGAUUUGGAACACUUUGCAAAAAUACCUGUCAAACAGGUCAUCAUCAGAAGUGAAAUACUCAAUUAAUUAACUGAGAAAGCAGGCUUUACAUCUAACUGUUAUGAAUUAUUUAAAAUUUUGUGGCAAUGAAUAUUGUUUUUGCAUAUUUUCACAAAAUUCCAAUAUCAUAGUUGGUUAGUUCACAAUGUGUGAGAGAGAAAGCUCAAUGUGAUGACAAACACACUCUAGCUAGGACAUGUAGGCAUCCCAAAGGGUGGUCCUUGAUAUAUUAUGAGCAGAAGAUAUUUUCAUAAAUGAUGAGGGUAUUAUGGUUUGUCACAAGGAAUGGUUGCUUACUAGUGUAUCACUGCAUGUACCCAAUUAUCGGUGCACUGAAAUUAUACACCUUUCAGUAGCUAAAAAAAUGUUGUAAUUAUCAGUGAACUGAAAUUAUACAUCUUUCAGUAGCUGGAAAAAUGUUAUAAUAUUAUAAUAAAAUUGAGUCUAGGCAGCCAUACCACACCAAAGUUCUGAAAUGGUCACUUUGCUUUGAAAUGAAAAUCCUGGUCCGUCCUUGGAGAGAAUAGGGCAUCAAAUAAUUUUGCAACAAAACAGUGAUUACCAUGCUCGUAUUCAAGGCCCAUUUACACUACAGUUCAUUCUUAGUAUAAAAAAGACAAUUAUUGGAACAAGCUAUCCCACCACUUUAUCUGUAUAUUAGGGUUGGAAAGCGAUUUUUGUGUCUAGAUGAGCCUAAGAAUAACCUUUUGAAAGAAAACUUAACAUUAUUGUAAUCCAGAGUUUCAAUAUUGACUGAGGACUGGUUUCACAUUGUCUUUGUUUAAUGCCAUAAAGUUUAUAGACCCAGGACCGAAUAGUUACCAUAACAACGAUAAGAAGUUGUAAGAUUUACACAGUAUUUGACAAAAAACCUUGAGUUGACUAUUAUUUAGGGUUUAUCUUGGGCCUCAAUUGCAUUGACAAUCUGGGCUGUCCUUUCAGAAAACACCAAUCAUCAUUCAGUGAUUCUGGACAACCACAAAAGUGAUGAUUUUGCACUGGGCCUUAAACCAAAAUGAGAUAGGUACAUAACACAUGCACAUAGGCAAAAAAGAUGACAACAAACAAAUACAGUGUAGCUGUACAUUACAGAAACAAAACAAUACAAAGCAAUUUUUUUAAUUGAAAUUAUUUUAUUAUCAACACUACAUUACAGUCUAAAACUGGUAGUUUCAUGUUUUGGAGAACAGUUUUCCAAAACAUGAAAGUAAAUCAUUGAUACUAGAACUUUUCUCCUCAUAAAGGAAAACUCAUGAAGCAUACACAAAGCUACAACAUAGUAGAGACAUUGAAGAUGGACUAUCUCUUUUCAUUCCACAGCUCCUGGUUAAAACACCAGCUAUUAAAUAUCCACAAGGAAAUCAAUUGUGUGAACUCUGAUCCCUGUUGAGAACAACAAUUGUAAAGAAAUAUUGAGCUAUGCCUAGAUAAAUGAUGCAACAUAAAUUACAAGAAGGCUAUUGAUCUUGAAUAAUUCAAGGUCAAUAGCCUCGUUGAGUAACAUUAAUCUGUAAAAACACAGUAAUCUACUAGGCACCAGACGUAAAAAUAAUAACAUCAAUGUAAUCUUACAGCCGCAAAAAUAUAAAUCGAGUUAAAAAGAAACAAUACCCUGAAAACAGCUAAGUUUCCCAUAGUGUUUGACAAUAGUGCUCUCUUGUUUACCGCCAAAAAAUGUCAAACUUUAGACGAAUAUAGCGAGAAAACGGUAGGAGGUGCGAUGGGGUGCGACGUCUUAGAAACAAACUAUACCUAUUCUAGAACAACAAUGGUUGAAAACUCCAUUGUUUCAGAGCAAGAAUUGGUUGCCUUUUAUACACACCGUAAAUCGUGACCACGAUCCGCCAUUUUGGACUCCCCUACAAUUGAAUCCCAAUAGUGACAGGAAAAUUCGACAAAAUGGUCGAAAAAAGCGAAAACUUAAAUCUUUAGACCCUUACCUUUCUUUUCCUUUAAGCAACUGGAUCACUUAACUCGUUAAUGCCGAGAAAACACCUCAAGAAAUCCUCUUCAUCCCCCGAGCGACGAUUCCUUCCGAAUCGACUUGCAAGAAAAUACACGCUCCGGAUUGGUUAAUUACCUCUACCAUAAUGCAGUUCGGCGCGUGUCCAACCUCGUCUGUCAUGAGACAAACCAUAAUACACUAUUAUUGUCCUGUAAACAUGUCGUGAAAUCUCAUGGUAUUCGCGCGAGUGUUAACACGAAAUGACAAGGUUAUUUUGGCUUUUUUGGCAACAGGACCCACUUACCAACCAGGAGCUGGGCCCCGCGACCCUGUAUCCUUAGGAUUUACACAGCCAAACAUAAAGUACGAGUGGAACAAGUUGUACGUAUUAGGUUUGCACCGCAGGACCACACCUGAGGGAAUAGAGAACUACAUCGAGAGAAUUAGCGGUUAUGAUGUAAAGCACGUGAAGUGGUUUCAGCCAAAUGGAAAAGCCAUCGUUACACUGCAAACUGAAAAAAUUUCAGAUUUCGCGAGGAUUCUCAGAGAAGCGGCGAAAAGGCCUCUUGAUGGUGUACACGUAUUAAUUGAAAGAGCCCCAGAAUGUAAAAGCAUAUAUGUCAGCGGGUUUUCGGAAAAAACGUCAAAAGAGCAAGUGGAAACGUACUUUGACAAAAUCGGAGCCUUGAAGAACGUUGUCGUCAAUCCAGCCUGGGACGAAGAAGGGAAGGACAAGAGAGCUAUUGUGUAUUUCAAAGAAAAGAAAAGUGUUAAGAGAUCUUCCAAGAACGACCAAUUCAUUGAUGGUAAACCUUUGCAUGUAGAGGCUUUCUAUCCUUUUAUGGGAACACAAUUGCCAGUUGACCAACCGACAAGACCACGGCGGCCUAGAUCAGGAGACGUCCAAGCGACUGGAGAGCAAGCCUGCAAAUAACAGUCGGUCAUCGGACAAUUGUCCGGUAAA